CUCUCCAGUGUACCGGUCAAUUUACAUACAGUUAAGUCAGUUAUUACAUACAGUCUGAUGUACUUGAGUGGCUCAUAGAUACAGAAAUGUAAGAGUGCAUGAGGGCACAUUAUCAUGAGAACACUCUGCCAAGGGUACCAUCUGCAGCACUGUCUUGGAAUCUUGGUGUAAUAUACAGUCAAAUGCAUAAUGAUAUAUAUUGUAUUGCACGUUGCAUACAUUUGUUUACACUGUAAAGGAAAGUUGAAAGGAAUGUCUGGCCUGUGUUGGACAGUGGGCGAGCAGCCGGUGGUCCGCAGCUUCCCUGUCUCCACCCUGACCAAGGAGAAGAAGAUCAGCAUCCCGAGCCAGCUGCGGCAGAGCCUGCAGGAGGGCCUGCAGAUGCGUUCUGCCUCCUUUCAGCUUACCAAGGUGGCAUUUGAUGAAGAGGUGAGCUCAGAAGUGGUGGAGAUCUUUAAGAAGCACCUCCAGAGGAUACGCUGCCCGCAGUCCAUCUUCAGCACGUUCGCAUUCGCUGAAGGGCAGACCAUGCCCCAGAUGAUUCUGCCUAAGCCGAAGGAGAAGAACAUCGGCUUCCGCACUCUUUCCAAAACGAUUGUGAGAGGGGCCAAGAUGGCGGGAAAGAUUACUAUUGGGCGCCCGCACGUGGGCAAGAAAAACGAGAGGGGGAGUCGCAUGACGUGGCACGAGGACGACGAUAUUUCGGUGUCUGACGACGGGGAGCCUCCGGUCUGCGGCACCCUCAAGCCUUCUGACAAGUCCACGAUGGAGCAGUUGGUGGAGCAAGCCUUUUUCCGGGACUUCCAGCGACUGGGCCUUGGUACCGUUACUGCCAGCUCCUCACGAACCAAGGCCGGCGAGCAGUUCCGGGUCACUGCUGUCAACAGGCUCUACUCGCUGUGCCGGAGGUCAGUCUCAAAAUCAUAUGGGGUAAAGGUGCUGAUGGGAUGUUCCAUCAGGGAGGGGUGGACAGUACGACCUGAAAUUAUUAUCAUAGUAUUUUUCCCUUUUUAUAUGGUGAUGUAAAUAGUUUGUAGGGUUUGCCAACUACCCCAGUGCUUUUGAUGUAGCUAAUUUUUGGUUUAUAAUGGAAUAACACAUAUUUGCUGUAAGAUGUCUUGUGUGAGUAUGAGUCUGAAAGCGUAUCACCUCAGAUGUAUGUGAGUUGGCAACCCUGAAAACGUAUG